AUGAAACUCACACUUCUGCUCGCAUUCGCUGCUUUAAACACUGCUGACGCUUCCGUUCCACCAGUCCCAACGAAUCGAAUGGCGGAAUUUCUACUCACGAAAUCCGAACUUGCAUCUGAACUGAGCACUUGGAAGCAAAGCGAUGCUGGUCAGUACGCUAAAGAGCACGGUUUCAUUCCAACGUCGAAUUCUAGAUCUGCUGAUUUAGGAUUCGAUGAAGAAUUACGUCGUUUCUUUCUCGCCAAAUUACUAAUUGAAGAGGCUCAAGCAACAAAUCCUGAGGCUUUGUUUUCGAUAGAGACGCCAUUCACUUUGAUGACUGAGACUGAAUUCGCUACGUUUGUUGGUGAGUCGAACCAACGCGGGUCGACGAAUUUCCCAAACGCUUCUUUACCAGACGACAUCUCGUCCAACUCAACGGAACCUCUUGCUGCUGCUAAAGAUUGGACCGCAUCUGGUUGUGUCACUCAAGUUAAGAAUCAAGGCCAAUGUGGUUCUUGCUGGGCAUUUGCAGCUGUUGGAGCUCUCGAGAGUGCCAUUUGUCUUGCUGGAAAACCUCUGAUCCCUCUCUCUGAGCAGCAACUGAUCGAUUGCGAUGAAUCUUCGUAUGCAUGUCAAGGCGGGUUUCCUGGCGAUGCACUAUCUUUUAUUCAACAGACUGACGGGGUCUGUACAGAAGAGUCGUAUCCGUACGUGUCGGGUACUUCAGGCGAUCGUGAAACGUGUCAGACUUCUUGUACUCCUCAGACCCCAACUAUUCGUAGUGUCGUUGCAGUUCCAGAGAGCGAUGCAGGUUUAGUUCGUGCCUUAAGCGGUCGUCCCGUGGCCGUGGGUGUCGCAGCUGGAAAUCCUACGUGGAAACAGUAUAAAAGCGGUAUCGUGUCUUCCUGUACAUCCUCCCAACUUGAUCACGCUGUGCUAGCUGUGGGUUACACAUCUUCAUACUUCAAAAUCAAGAAUUCGUGGAGCACUCAAUGGGGCGAAAGUGGCUAUAUGCGGCUUAAACGCGGCGAUGGCAUCGAAAGUUCUGGCACGUGCGGCAUUGUUGGCCCCAAGUCCGUCUAUCCGCAGCUUUAG